AUGAGAACAGAAAUAAAAAGCAGUCCAUAUUGUGAGGAUUUAACCACAGACUGGUCCAAGUUCAACAUGUCUGAAAAGUUUUUUCAACUGCUUCCUAUGUUUACAGCUAGUUACGAGGCGUCAAUAGCCGGCUUGACAGACAGCGAGGGGCACAGCGGGCAGGUAGCAGAGCAGCAAAUGAUCCUACACUACUUAGCAGCAUCUCCAGCUGUCAAAACAGUUUGUGAGACUGGAUUCAAUUACGGACACUCGAGUUUCAACUUUCUCACUGCUAAUCCAAAUUUGAAAGUCAAUUCCUUCGACUUGGGAAUUCACGAGUACUCCAAAACGAUGGCGAAAUUUUUACCGGAAGUUUUAGAUGUUGGUGGAAUUGAUGGCAAAAGAUUAACAGUGAGGUGA